CUCCUUUCACCAAAUUUCCUCAAGACGUGGUCUUUUUCUCUCCCCAAAUUAAAAGGAAACAGGAAAAAGCGAGAGAAAAUCAAGAUAAAUUUGCUAAAUAAAUAGCCAGAAUUAUUGAUUCCUGCUAUCCGAUCCGUUCACCUGUACAUUCCACCUCCAUGGCUCAUCGUGCAACCACCGAUCCCAUCGAAGUGGACAUAGGGGAGGAGAAUCCCGGGGCUGGUGGGGGAACUGAAUCCUCCUCGUCAACCACCUCGCUGAGCUCGAGUGUCUUGAAGUAUGAAUACCGACAUGGUCGCCGGUAUCACGCCUAUCAAUCGGGCAGCUACCCGUUCCCCAACGAUCAGCCCGAACAGGACCGACUAGACAUGAUCCACCACGUCUUCUACCGCUUACUGAACCAGCGUCUGUACCUGGCGCCCAUUGACCCCAGUGGACUGCGUAUGCUCGACAUCGGCACGGGCACAGGCGUGUGGGCGAUCCAGAUGGGCGACGAGAACCCGACCAUCGCCAAGAUCGUCGGCAAUGACCUGAGCCCCAUCCAGCCGGCCUGGGUGCCGCCCAACGUGCAUUUCGUCGUCGACGACGUCGAGAAGGACUGGGUGGGCAACAAGCCCUACGACUACAUCCACUGCCGCUACAUGGCCGGGUCCAUCCGCGACUGGCCCCGGCUGAUCCAGCAGUGCUAUGACAAUCUGGCACCCGGGGGAUGGCUGGAACUGCAGGAAUCGGCCAACACGCUGUAUUCCGAGGAUGGGAGUUUGAAGCCCGAUAGCUGGAUGGUGAAGAUGAUGGAGGGGCUGCUCGAGGCCGGGGACAAGAUCGGGCAGACCCUGGACCCGGCACCGUCCUUUGAGGGUUGGGUCCGGGAGGCGGGCUUCACCAACGUCCAGAAGCACGGAUUCAAGUUGCCCAUCGGACCCUGGCCCAAGGAUGCGCGUCUGAAGGAAUGUGGGAGCUUUAUGCGGGUCAAUUUCAUCGAGGGGGUGGAGGGGUUCACCGCGCAGCUCUUCAUCGAUGUUCUGGGCUGGACGCAGGAAGAUGUCGCUGCUCUGAACGCUGGGGUCCGGGCUGAGGCUCUGAAGGGCGCGGUGCACCCCAUCUUCGAUUUCUUGGUGGUGACUGCACAAAAGCCCUUGACUGCUUAGGCUGUUUGUUGAGCAGGUCCAGCGGAGGUGGCGGCGCGGAAUUCAACGAAUGGUAGACGCAAAGCUAGACGCAAAGCUGUUACGUUAUGUAUAGAAACUGCGAUAAUAUUAUUCUUCUUGGUUUUUCCCAUCCCCAGCCCUUCCUGUCGAAGAAUGCGACCGUCAACAAAGGUUCUUUGCAAGCUUUUUUAUGGAUUGAGCUUUAUAGGGUUGUGAGC